AUGAAUCCAGUUCGAAACAUUGUCCGCUCAGGACAGUUGCUCUCAGCAGCACGCCCGGGUUUGCGGUCGCCGGCUCUUCCAGUUUUGACCGUUGCUGCUCGCCGAGAUCAUUAUACGAAUCCUAGGAAUGUGGGCUCUUUGGAUCGCAAGUCUAAUGAUGUCGGAUCUGGUCUCGUCGGAGCUCCUGCUUGCGGUGAUGUCAUCCGCCUCGAUAUCCAAGUCGACGAAAAAACCGGCAAAAUCGUCAAAUCAGCCUUCAAAACAUUCGGAUGCGGCAGCGCAAUCGCCUCUAGCUCAUAUCUCACCACCCUCCUAGCCGGAAAGACCUUGGAAGAAGCCGGUAAAAUCCAAAACACCCAGAUUGCAAACGAGCUUUGUCUCCCCCCCGUCAAGCUUCACUGCUCCCUUUUGGCGGAAGAUGCCAUCAAAGCCGCCAUCAAGAAUUAUCAGUCCAAACGACCUGCGGCCGCAGCCACAAAUUUGGCGGAUACGAGCAAGGCGUUUGAGAGUGUUAGUGCGCAGGCUUAG